AUGAUGGACGCGCUGUCGGUGGUGAGCCAACUGCGGGAUCUGGCGUCAGAACCCCAGAACCGCGAGGCCAUCGUGCAAGAUCAAGGGUGCCUCCCCGGUCUGGUCCUCUUUUUGGACCACCGCAGCCCCGAAGUGCUUCUCGCUACUCUCCAGACCCUUCGCUACUUGGCCGAGUUGUCCCUCAACAUUUCGACCAUGAAGAACGAGUUGGGGAUGAUGGUGAGCCUGGAGAACAUUGUGGCGAGGGACGAGCUGUCCGUCGACGUCACCGAUCUGGCCAAGGAAGUUUACGCAAUUCUGUCGGCGUCGCCCGAGAGGAACGGGAGACAAAAGCCGCAGUUCUUCCUCAACUCGUCCAGCAAGAAGGCCAAAUGCGUGACGUUGCACAUUCAGGGCCUCGACGACACCGAUCGGCGAGGCCUGUGCGAGGAGGCGCUGCUGAAGGUGCGAGGGGUGAUCAGCUUUACUUUUCAGAUGGCUUCCAAGAGGUGCACCGUGCGCGUCCGUUCCGACUUGCCGGCCGAGAGCCUGGCCUCGGCUAUCGCCGACACGCGAGUGCUGUGCGCAAAACAGGUGGUGAAGAACCACGAGGGAGAUGAGGUGUUAAUCCCCCUGAGCGCCGCGGCGCAGAGCGAGCGGGCCCUGCCCGACUACCUCCCCGAGGAAGACGACGAGCCCGAGAAGAAGGCGGCGGGCGCCGUGUCGCGCCCUGCCGCCGCCACCGCCCGCGGCGGCACUUGGCUUCACGCCGCCGCCGGCUUCCUCAGCAGGACCUUCUAUUGGUGA